UCCACAGGAGAAAUAAAUGAAAAACAUGAAAAGGAAGAGCAGAAAAAAUGGCAAGAAGGAGUUGAGUUGUUGAGUUUUAAAGAGACUCAAAGACAGCAGUUAUUUGAAAAAAAAAAUGAAGUGAAUGGCAAGUAGGUAAACAGACGCAAAAUAAACAUGACAUGGAAAAGGAAAGAUUAUUAGAAUCUUCUUAACUCCGUCCUUUGUUAGGCUCUUUCCCAUCCAUACUUGUGCUUUUCUUGAAAGAAGGAAGGGCAAGAGGAGCAGCAGCAGCAGCUCCAGAUCCCAGAUGAUAUAAUGAGUGAAGAAAAGGAAGUAUUGCUGACUUGGCUUCUGAUCCUGCAGAGUGGGUCUGUCUCACUGAGUUCAGUGUAAGAGAGAAGUAGCUGCAGUCCGGUGAGGAAUGGAAAAGUUAAUGUGGAUAGUGGCACUUGUGAAUUUUUUCACCUUCUGCAAUGCUGUCCUGGAACUGACGGGCACCCAUGACAUUAAAGGCACAUGGAAGAGUUCUAUCACCUUGCCAUGCGUCUACACUCCUUCCCAGGACUUUGUACAGCAAACAGUCAUUUGGACCCUGGAGCGAGAUCAAAGCCCUGCCACCAUCUUUCGAAGGGAUAGCUCUGGGGAUCACAUCAUGUUGUCACGGCACAGAGAUAGGAUCAGCGUCCCAAAAUACAAGCCAGGGGAUGUCUCUCUUGAAGUUGAGAAACUCGAAAUCCCAGACAGUGGACACUACACUUGCAAAGUCACCUGGAGAGCCCAGGACAACAGCCUGCUAACAAAGGAGAUAACCACUACAGUUAAGGUUGUUAAAGUUGCAGUGACUAAACCCAUCAUCAAACCGGGCAAUCUGGGCUUCACCGUACCGAAAGGGGCUAGCGCCAGCCUGACUUGUUCUGCCAAUGGGUCCCCACCUAUCAUCUACCGCUGGUUCAAGGGAGAGCCUGGAGGAAAGGCGGUGCACGUGAGCAAUCACGCCGUACUCAUGUUUGAUUCUCUGCAAAUGUCUGACACGGGGAAAUAUUACUGCGAGGCAGAAAACACAGCACCCUCCCAAGUAAUAGAGCAGAGUAAUACAGAGCAGCUGACUGUGGUGGAUCUCAGAAAACCAGCAACCACAGUACCCAGCUCUGAGACCACGGCACACACCACAGCCAAGCCUGCCUCAGAAAAAGAUGUGAGCAGAACCCUGGCAACUGGGAGUGACAUGAGACUUCCAGAGACACAUGAAGUGACGACGGGCAAAGGAGGCUACGUAGAAAGGGCAAAAAGUCAAGAUUUCCGGAGGACCAGCCUGCCCCUCUAUCUCAUCAUCCUGAUUGCUGUGCUCUGUGUAGCUGCGGUGUUUGUUGUCAUUGCUGUCGUUUUCUACAAGAGAAAGACCAAGGAGGAUAAUACAUAUGAAGUAACAUAUCAUAACUCGAGGAGUGAUGUGAAAAGACAGACUUGUUCAGGAGUCAAUGGCACGUGCAAGUAUGAAGAGGGAGGAUCCUCGGCCAAAAACCAUUGCUUGAUGGAUCCUAUGAAAGAGAACGUCUAUGAGGAAAACAUAGACUACGAGAUCCUUGUGAAUGCAAUGGAAUCUGAAUAUGAAAUGGGGGAUGUUCAAUAGCAAACCAGCCUUUCUAUGCAAGCAGGAUUGCUGAAGAUAGGGCUGGAGACCAGGGCAGUGACCCUUCAUCAAGGGAAACACUCCUUCCUGUCUGUCUUCUCCUCUGAUAAAUAUUCUGAACUCAUUCCUUUAUUUGUUCAAGGGGAACUGUGUCACCUUCUGCUUCUUCAGCAAACUGAGCUCUGUCUGGCCUUUGAUGCAGAAACCACCAGCAAGGCAGUUAAUCUGACUGGUGUAUGCAGGGAUUCAUUUAUAAGCAUCCUGGAGGACGGGGGUCAGCGAUCAAGGGGCUACACAAAAGGCUUGAAGCCACAGAGCAGGGUAAAUAGUGGAUUGUUACAUAUCUAGCAAAUGAUCAUGAAGACAAUAAAAAGAUCUAUAGUGAUAUGUGUACAUUCUCUGGCGUGAAAGUUAUUGAAUGUUCAGGGCCAGGGAGCUUUGUUAAAAGGAGGAAAGUUCUCUGGUUUCCUCCACUACAAUUAAACCACUGAUUUUACAUCCUGCUUGCACUCAGGUCUUCUCCCCAAAAUUUGGAGUGGGGAGGCAGGGUCAUUCCUAGAAGUUUUGGUGCUCUAUGCCAGCCCCAAAUGGGCAUGGGGCCUGAGGAGCGGGACUGUGAUCAAGGCUCUGGGGGUCAGGCCCAGAGCUGAGGGUAGUAGGAGCAGGGCAGGAAGGCAGAAGGGGUCAGGCCUGUCCCUGUUCUCACAGGUAGCAGCAGGAAACAGAGCAACCUGGAUCCAGCUCACUUUGCUCUUCAGACUCCCAGCUUCAGCAUUCAAGGGAGGGUGCUCAGGGGAAGGGAUGGAACCGUCCCCCAGACUCACUGGCGCUGGGAGGUGGAAUGAUGUGGCUGGGAGCUGGCAGAACAGAACGAGUUAGAGCUGGGUUACUCCACUUCCCACUGUUUGUCAGUGUGGCAUCAGGCCUUACUCCUCUUGCUAGCAUCAGGCCUCCUCCAGUCUCCUGCGCUGUGUCAGGGUAGGGGGUUUGGGAGAAGGGGCAGAUCUGGCACUACCCUAUAUGCAGCACACAGCUGCUUAGGGCACCACAGAAUUUGGAGCAAAUUGGUGCCCCAAAUUCUGUGGUGACCUAUGCAACUGUGUAUUUUGCAUAUUGGUGGGGACGAUCUUGUGGGGAGGGGUAGCAAAGGGACCACGACGGUUUGGUUGAUGUCCAGGGUGUGUCAAAUUGGAGCUGUUUGCUAGAAGAAAUGGCAUCUUUCUUUCCUAGAAAAUCAGAGUGGGGGAUGUUACAACUUGACUUGGAGAGGAAGGGAGGGGAAUAAGAACACAGUAUACUGUUCUUAGGAAUGUUGCAUAACUUUGUCAUCCUGAGUCAUAUCUUAGCAAGGAAAGGGAGGCUUGAUCUACUGAUCUGAGCAAAGGUUCAGGAACCAGAAUCUCCUGAGCUUUGACACAGGCUCUGACACUGGCUCACUGCGUAGCCUUUGGCAUGGGUCUCAAGCUGCCUGCACCAGUUAUUCAUCUGUGUUAUGGAGAUACUAAUACUGACCUAUCUCAUAAGGUUGUUGCGAGGCUUUCAUGUUUGUAAAAUGCCUAGCAUAACAAGUACUUGGUGAGUGCUGAGUAUUUUUACAUUCUCCCAUGGUAAAAGCAAAAGGAUAUCAAGGAGUCUAUUGAACCUGAACUUUGUUUACUUUGUUGUUUCAUUAAUCCAAUAUACAGUAAAACUCCAAUAGUCCGGCAUCCAAUUGUACUGUACUCUCGAUAGUCCGGCAUCAAAAUGGCAAGAGCCUAAUGAGUGAGCUUCAGUAAAAAAGGAAUCACAAGGCAGCAGCGGCAGCAGCUGAACCGAGCGAAACCAGAUGCAACUGAGU